CAAAGAAAAAUCCAGUCCCUUCAGUUUAAUGGCGGCUCUCGGCUGGUGUGUUUGAUGAUCUGGGCGUGAGUUGGGAUCUUUUAAUCCAUUUCGGCCUUUGGUUACAUCGAGAAGUGUCUCGAAAUCACGCCAAUUCCCGGCAACUCUUUUUGUUCUGUUGAUAUUUAACAUUCCGUCCCCGAAUCGACGAGUAAAACUCGGCCAUCGUUUUGGCUUCACCAGUGAACUGUGUGGUUGAGUGCGCGCCUGUGAGAGAGAAGAAGUGUGAAAGAAAGAAAGAAAAUGCCCAGCCUGACCUGAGAGCAUCACCGUCUGUGUUUAGAAAAUUAGAAAAACGGACAAAAGGCUGCAACUAUCCUAAUUUAUUCGACCACGUUCUCCACUUUUGUAUUGAAAUAACACAAAAAUCUUGGAAGAAAACUUUAGAAACGGAUAUCCGGCUCUUAAAAUAAAUAAUACUGAAAAAAUCUCUCUCUCCACCCUCUCACACACACGUAAGGCAGACUCUCAAACGCUCAGGAAAUUCUCUCAAAAAUGAAUCCCAGAAUACAUAUGGCGAUUUUCAUCGCCUUUUUGGCUGCACAUUCGGUUAGCAGUAACAUCAACAGUGCAUCAUCGGUUGCCAAGCAGCAGCAGCAAGUGAGUGGGCUCAAUCUGAAAGCUCUCGACGACUUGUACAUUGACGACGAAGGUGACGACGACAUCCAGCUGGCGGAUGAAGCUUCCGGAUUAGGUCCCCUGAAACCGGCCCUCGGGGUGGAAGACGAAGAAGAAGAAGAGGAGGAAGAAGAAGACGAGGAAGAAGUGGAUGAAUAUGACGACAACCCUGCGCCGGUAGAGGCAGCCAAAAAGGCCAAGGACGCCGGAACUACGGCUACCGCUACCACAAACAGCGGCGGUGGCAGCAGUAACAACAUGACGGCCGGUAUCGUCAGCUCUAGCGACUACAAGGAUGACGUUGUGGCACCACCCAAAGUGAGUCCCGUGGCGGCCUCACCAACGAUGGGCAAACCUCCGGCGCCGGCCGUCGAGGACGAUGAAGACGACGAGAACUUUGACGGGUCGGGCGGAUCGGGCGCUGGAACCGGGUCCAACGUCGACGACGAGAACGAAGACGAGGACGACUACGACGACACGGUGACGGAUGAGGAGGGUGGAGGCAUCGACCUCGGCUCCGUCAUCACGGAACCGGCGCCAAAAACAACGAUGAAGCCCGAAAAGAAGCCCGAAGUGGUGGUGGUCGCACCACCCACCGCUCCUACUUCUCCUACCAAAGCGCCAAAGGAGACGACCCAGGCUCCUUCGUCUCCUCCGCCGCUGUCCGGCGGCCGAGAUGAGAACCAGGUUCCGGCCGAACCGAUGACAACUCCCGUUCCAGGGCCCGUCGAUCCUUCCCAGGGCAGCGGUGGUUCCGUGGACGGCAAUCGAGGCCAUAACGACGUGCAGAUUCUCGAUCACAAGCCAGAUGAGCGUCAAGCUUCGUUCUUUGCUCAGCCCGGAAUACUCGCCGCCGUGAUCGGGGGAGCCGUGGUGGGUCUGCUCUGCGCCAUUCUCCUCGUCAUGUUCAUCGUUUACCGCAUGCGCAAGAAGGACGAGGGAUCCUACGUCCUCGACGAGCCCAAACGCAACUCGCCCAACUCGAAUCCGUACAAUAAAAACAGUCGUGAAUUUUACGCUUAAUUUAACCAAUGAUAUAACUACUAUCCCGCCAUUUUUUUUUCAUUCUUUGGGUUAAUUUUUUUUUAAUCAUUUUUGAUUUUAUGGCUCCCGCAAAUCCUCCCAAAAGCUUCACACUUUUUUUUAACCUAGAAUCUACUCCCGAGUUGAUUAUUUGAAUAAUUUUUUUUCAUGUCUUGAUAAUUAAUGAUGAAGUGAAAACCAACAAAAAAGCGAAAUCAGCGUAUUAUGUAUAGUGCAUCGUUGUUACCGCCACGACUAAUUAUUUCACCAUGAUUUUAUUCUUUUUUUUUAUUAUUUUAAUCCCUAAUCGCAUUCCGUACUCUUUAUUUUGACUCAAAUUAAUCAGCCAGGAAGAAAGAAAAGAAAAAAGGAAAGAAACACACAUAGAAAUGCUCUUCUUCUCUUUGAACUUUGAUGAAUUUAUUAAUUAAAAGAAAAAUAAUUUUUUUUUCCUUUUUUUUUUUAUUUAAAUCCAUACAUUAUUCAUUUGCGGGCGAGAGGCGGGACUUGCCUACAAAAAUUAUUUACAUCAUUGAAUUUCACCGGCACCACAUUUUUCUCCCCCCUCCGUAUAAUUCAGUUACGUUGUGCCAAUCAUUUGAAGUAUAAUAACUCUCUUUCAUUUCUCUCAGCUUAAUUAUUAUUAUUAUUAUCUAAUUCUCUCCUUCCGUUUUCUAAUGAUGACACACUUGCACGGGAUAAUAAUUUUUUUCGCCUGAUUUUUCGUUGUCUGUCAAAUCGAAUUUUUUUUUUGUUUUGCCGUCACGUGGAUGUAUAAAAAAAAGUAACGAAACGUUGACUCUCCUCCUAUCACAAUAUCUUGUAAAAGGAAAAAAAGAAACAUUAAGCUAAAUCCUUUCGUGUAAUCAUCAAAUUCAGGAGAGAGUUGUAUACAUUUCGUUUGUAUUUCUCUUAUUAUUUUUCAAAAAAAGACAAAAAAAAACAAUUCGUCCUCAUAUGCAAUAGUUAGGAAGUCGAUCAAGAGAUAACAAGAAAAAAUAAUAAAAAAAAAACCAUGAAAAAUAAAAU